CGUGCCGCCCCGCGGGCGCUGCCGGCGCUCUGCGACCCCAGCCGCCUGGCGCACCGGCUGCUGGUGCUGCUGCUGAUGUGCUUCCUCGGCUUCGGCAGCUAUUUUUGCUAUGAUAAUCCUGCUGCCCUUCAGACUCAGGUUAAACAAGAUAUGCAGGUGGAUACCACGAAAUUCAUGCUGCUGUAUGCCUGGUAUUCUUGGCCCAAUGUAGUUUUGUGUUUCUUUGGUGGCUUUUUGAUAGACCGAGUAUUCGGAAUACGAUGGGGCACAAUUAUUUUUAGCUGCUUUGUUUGCGUUGGGCAGGUUGUUUUUGCUCUGGGUGGAAUAUUUAAUGCUUUUUGGCUGAUGGAAUUUGGAAGGUUUGUGUUUGGGAUUGGUGGGGAAUCCUUAGCAGUUGCCCAGAAUACAUAUGCCGUGAGUUGGUUUAAAGGUAAAGAAUUAAACCUGGUGUUUGGACUCCAGCUUAGUAUGGCUAGAAUUGGUAGUACGGUAAACAUGAACCUCAUGGGGUACCUGUAUUCUAAGGUUGAAGCUGCAUUGGGUUCUGCUGGUCCCACAACGCUGGGGGUCACACUUAUGAUUGGUGAGUGAAUCCUGAUGUCCCAACUCUUGUCUCUUCUGAAAGCAUAUGAAAGGUCCUUAAGUAUGAAAAUUAUGCUGAUAGAGUCUUCCUUUUCUCCCUAAGGCGAAGUUAUUAAAUUAACUGAUGUAAAGGACUUCUCCUUACCCCUGUGGCUCAUAUUUAUCAUCUGUGUCUGCUAUUAUGUUGCGGUGUUCCCUUUUAUCGGACUUGGGGUGGUUUUCUUUAAAGAGAAAUUCGGAUUUUCUACCCAGGCAGCAAAUGCAAUUAACAGUGUUGUGUAUGUCAUAUCAGCUCCCAUGUCCCCAGUAUUCGGGCUCCUGGUGGAUAAAACAGGGAAGAACAUCAUCUGGGUUCUGUGUGCAGUAGCGACCACUCUUGUGUCCCACAUGAUGCUGGCCUUUACGAUGUGGAACCCUUGGAUUGCUAUGUGUCUUCUGGGAAUCUCCUAUUCACUGCUUGCCUGUGCAUUGUGGCCAAUGGUGGCAUUUGUAGUUCCUGAACAUCAACUGGGAACUGCAUAUGGCUUCAUGCAGUCCAUUCAGAAUCUUGGGCUGGCAGUCAUUUCCAUCAUUGCUGGCAUGAUAUUGGAUACUCGGGGAUAUUUGUUUUUAGAAGUUUUCUUCAUUGCCUGUGUUUCCUUGUCACUUUUGUCUGUGGUCUUACUCUAUUUGGUGAAUCGUGCCCGAGGUGGGAACCUAAAUUAUUCUGCGAGACAAAGGGAAGAAAUAAAACUUUCCCAUACCAAAUGAGAAGUUUAAAUGACUGCAUCAUGAAAAUAGGCUGCACACGUCAUUGGUUUGAAAACCUCUGUUUAAAAAAGUUUUUUAUUCAGAGUUUAGUCAUUAGGAAAAAUAAUGGACUGGAAAAUUUUAUUUCAAAUUUACCUAUUUCAAAGAGUAUUUGUGAGGACUGUUUCAGCCUGUCUUUUACAUUGUGUGUUGCUGAAGAAUUCUACUUUGAAUAGGCUAAUCCACAGUGAGCAGUUUAGAAAAUUGCACUGCAACAUCCAGGUGAACUUCAGGAAGGACAGGAAAUAAUGGAAAACAUAGGAUUUUAUAUUGAGAUAAUUUUUCACUAAAUGUAUCUUUAUGGCAUUUUCUUUAUCUUAGAGCAGAAAAAAACUUGAGGGGGGGUAGUAAACUCUUUUAUACAGAAUAAACAUUGGCAUUGUGAUAGGCAUUCUCUUUUGUGAAAGGGAAAAGUGAUAGGGAAUUCAAAAGAUAAAUUUUUUGUUUUUGUUUUUUUGUUUUUUUCUGACCGGUAAGGGGAUCACAACCCUUGGCAUGGU